UCGAAUUCCCUUCAUAAUAACUUUCGAAGACGUAAACUCUCCGCGCCGGUUUCUGAAAUAUUGUAAGUUUGGAAAAUAAACUCGUUCCAGGACACAAUAAAAUAACAUGAGCACACGAAGUGUGACCGUUCUCACGGUGCAUGGACGCCGGAUGACUGUAAAAGUGGAACCGGGUACAACAGUUUUGGAGAUUUUGGAAAAAGUAUGUCGAAAGUUUCAUUUUCCUCUCGAAGAGUACGACCUAACGCACUACAAUCGGGUGCUGGACCUUUCGGCAAUGUUCCGCUUCUCUGGUCUGCCCAACAAUGCCACGCUCGAGAUGACAAAAGCGAAGCGUGUUCGUGUUGAAACGGAUGUGACGAUUCAGCUACAGUGUGAAGACGGAGAGCGUCGGUGUGGUUCGUUUAAACCAUCGUUUUCGCUGCUGGAGGUGCUACAGACGCUGUGCCCCGAGCGGGCCAACGCAGAGUCUCGCCCGUUGAUGAUCUACAUGCGCCGCGAAGUGUUCUGGCCACAGCUGGGGGAAACCUCACUGAAGAGUCUUGGACUAACUAGUGGUAGAGCUAUCAUUCGACUGUUGCAGCGCGAACCGGAGGAGCUCAAAACGCAGGCCAACGUCUCAGCACCGUUACCCCAAACGAAGCAUGUAUCCUUAAAGGCGGACGAAGCAACGCUCCAGACGAUCGAUUGCCCGAAGCCCGAAUUUCCAGAAUUGCCCGAAUUGCCCGAAUCGACGGUACCGGUACUGACAACGGAUGCCGAUUGUAGUGCAACGACAUCAAUAUCCGUGGCUGGUACCGAAGACACUGGUGCCGAAUCGGGAUUUUCCUCAUCGACCAAUCAACCGCAGACAAACCAACAGCUGGCCGAAACCAAUCCGACACCAACAGUGCCAGCUGCUUGCCUGGAAAGUCUGGAAAUGAAACUGGAGGUGCUGGGUACACGGGAUGCAGUUUUGUAUCAUGCCGACACGAUCGUGAGUGAUCAACCGAAUGCCGUGGAUGAUUCGUUUUUCGAGCUCAGUAUCCCAGAAGUAAUGCAGAUGUAUAAACAGCUACAGCAGCAUGUAAAAGAGUUGGAAGACGCACCUCUGAUGCUGGGAGAAGAUCGUCUACGUCGCGGGGCAAAGAUUACAGAAACAUAUGAAUCCUACCGUAGAACGUUGAUACGCGUCCAGUUUCCUGAUCGUUAUAUUCUGCAAGGCGUGUUCGGGGUGAACGAAAAAGUUAGUGACGUUGAAGAGUUUGUGCGCAGUUUUCUUACUGAUCCGACAACGCCCUUCUAUCUCUAUACGACUCCGCCGAAACAGGUCCUUGAACCAGAUUCGACAAUGAUUGCAGUACGUUGCAUUCCGAAAGCGUUACUCUACUUCAGCGGCAAUUGCUCGCCCACGGAUGGCAGCUAUCUGAAGGAUGAGUUUUUGAGCCGCCUUUCUAACGCAGCAGGUGCAUCCUACAUGGUGAAGAAAUUCUGCCUGCUGCCGUCGGAGAGUGGGGGUGCGAAAAAAACUGUGAAAUCAAUACUGAGAGAAGAGAUGGCCAAACUGCAAGAAGAGAAUCAACUGAAAAUGGAUUCGCAGGAGGCGGCGAAUGUCGGAAAACGGUUGUCGAAUAGCGAUUGUACACCAUCCACCAGCCACCAGCAUGGCGGAGCGAGCCAGCUCACUGAGCGUGAGGCGAAACUGCUAAAAUGGAUGAAGAAGUAGCGUGGCAAAUGGAUUUGAAAUUACAGGGUUGGGCAGGACAACUGUUACAUAUUAUGAAACAAUUUAUAUGAUUGUCUAAUCAAUAAAGACCACCAAGUUAAUUGUAUGUACUACAAAUGUCCAAAAGUCCGAUUCGUUGAGGGGAAAAGAAAGGAGCCAACUUGGAGUUUGCACGUGAUCGCAUCGAAGAAAAUGGUUUGAUCAAACUUCUCAAAGAUCCUAUUCGUUAACUAUUCGUUAUUCUUUAACAGUUGUCCU